UUUCAGCUUUGGGUGGUUAGAUUCUCAGGCAAAGAAUUCUCUGCACUGAAGUCUUUGAUUUGGGUGAUUAGAAUCAUAGGUUUGAGAUUUAUUUUUUAGGGUUUCUGAAUGUUGUGGAGGUGAUGGUAUGGCUGGAAACCUAUCGAUGAUGUGGAGUAGAGAAGAACAAGCGUUUGCUGAGGACACCGAUGGAAGCAGUACUUGGCCCCCUCGCUCGUACACAUGUUCCUUUUGCAGAAAGAUUUUUAGGUCUGCACAAGCUCUGGGAGGUCACAUGAAUGUUCACAGGAGGGAUCGUGCUCGCCUUCGUCAAGGUAUUGCUAUUGAUGUUGAUAAUAAUAAUUCUUAUCCCCAUGAGAGCAGUUUUCCUUUUGAUAAUCCUCCUCGUGAACUUUAUUAUGUCUAUCAACCCCAAUCUGCAGAUCAUUUAUAUAAUUCAAAUGAUAUUUCUUCUGAGAAAUCCUCAUUUGUGAAUAUGUUCUCUUCUUCUAGCAAUCCUCAAUUGAGAUAUGCAGGUUCUACUCCAUCUGAUCCUGUUAUAGUACCUUGUAACCCUAUAGGUUCCAUGCCUGUUACUGCCACUAAAGAGGAUUCUGCUAAAUCUCAGCCUAUAUCUACAUUUUCUUCAAGUAAUCCUGCACCCUCUACUCUUCUUUCAAUGUCCACCUACAGUUAUAGCACCACCCAUUCUUCUUCUUCCUGUGAGACUGUACAGGAGCCAAUUUCUACUUUUUCCACAGAGUUAGCAGCAGAGGUUAAAGAGACACGGCUUCUUUUCAACGAUGAGAAGUUUAAAGUUGGUACAUCAUAUGAGAAUGUAUUCGGUAACAAGAGAAUUAGAUGCAGCCAAAGUGGAAGUUCAGACAUGGAGGAUUUGGAUCUUGAAUUGAGGCUAGGAGAAAGACCUACAACUGAUAAGUAA